AUGUUAUCUGGGUUCAUGAACUUUUUGUGGGCCUGUUUCCGGCCACGCUCGGACCGACAUGUUCACAAUGGUUCUGAUUCCGGCGGUCGUCAAGACGGACUCUUAUGGUACAAAGAUACAGGACACCAUUUUAAUGGCGAUUUCUCCAUGGCUGUAGUUCAAGCCAAUAAUUUACUAGAAGAUCAAAGCCAACUCGAAUCCGGGUGUUUAAGCUUACAAGAAUCAGGCCCUUAUGGUACGUUUGUAGGAGUGUAUGAUGGACACGGAGGCCCUGAGACAUCACGAUUCAUCAACAGUACCCUCUUUCAUCAUCUCAAGAGGUUUACUUCAGAGAAUCAAUCGAUGUCAGUGGAGGUAAUAAAGAAAGCCUUUCAAGCAACAGAAGAUGGUUUCAGCUCCAUUGUGUCUAAACAAUGGCCGAUGAAACCACAAAUCGCAGCCGUUGGAUCAUGUUGCCUUGUUGGAGUUGUAUGUAGCGGGAGCCUUUACAUUGCCAAUCUUGGAGAUUCUAGAGCUGUUUUAGGAAGACUUGUGAAGGCAACUGGUGAAGUUCUUGCAAUUCAGCUUUCAGCUGAACAUAACGCAUGUAUAGAAUCUGUGAGACAGGAAUUGCACUCUACGCAUCCAGAUGACUCGCAGAUUGUCGUUUUGAAACAUAACGUGUGGAGAGUCAAAGGCCUCAUUCAGAUAUCAAGAUCUAUUGGUGAUGUGUAUCUAAAAAAAGCGGAAUUCAAUAGGGCGCCUUUAUAUGCGAAAUUCAGGCUUCGUGAACCUUUUAAAAGACCGAUUUUGAGCUCUGAUCCAUCGGUUUCAGUGCACCAAUUGCAGCCACAUGAUCAGUUUAUCAUUUUUGCUUCCGAUGGACUUUGGGAGCACCUUAGCAACCAAGAAGCCGUUGAUAUUGUUCAAAAUAAUCCACACAGUGGGAGUGCUAAAAGAUUAAUAAAAGUGGCAUUACAACGAGCCGCAAAAAAGCGGGAAAUGAGAUACUCCGAUUUAAAAAAAAUCGACCGUGGGGUCCGCCGACAUUUCCAUGAUGACAUCACCGUUGUGGUCCUCUUUCUUGACUCCAACCUCAUGACCCGUCGAACCGCUAACGUAUCCGUGAAAGGAGCCGGGGUUAGCCUGCCCUCAAACACACUCGCACCCGAAACCGGCCCCACCUAGUUCUCUCUCUUUAAAUCAUCAAAAAGCUAUACAUAUAUAUACAUAUAGAAAACUGUAUCUAUAUCCCUCUCUUAGUUUUUAAAUUUCUUGUACUAUUUUCUCAAGUGUGAAUACCCACCCUAUUAAAUGGUCACAAACAUGGUAUAACCCAGUGGUGCACCGUGGUUCUUUGGCUCGGGUCGAACCAGGCAACCACGGUGCAUUGUGGUUAACCGAACCAAGCCGACACAUAGUUGAAGUUAAAAUUUGUUAAAUGUAACAGUGUGAUCUCUUUAAGUGAGAGUGCUAAUGCUAAAACUUUACAGAUAUAAGCGUAUAGUUUAUUAUAUUCCCUUAUUGGGUGGUGGUGAUUUUAGAUUAUAAGUUUGUUUUUACUUUUUACAUGAUUUAAGUGGUAACUUUGAAGUUAAAAAGUAGUGUAGGGGGUUUGGGUCGUUGAGUCGAGUUUGUGUAUAGGACUAGACAAGUUUUUAUGUUGUAUAUUAUUAUCGGUAGAAAAAUAAAAAUAUGUGUUUAUACGUAUUAUGUAUGGAGACGUUACUAUUAUAGAUAAAAAAAGGUAUGAG